AUGAUCGACAGGAUACCGAAAUGUAACAUCAGCGUUGAUGGAAGGUUACAGUUGGACGAUAAAGACAGGGAGAAGGUGAAGAACAUGAGCUGUGAGUUCUACGGUGACGUUCAUCUGAAGGACCUUCCAUCUACGUACGAGGAGGCUGUGAAGGUGUACAAGAAGCUGCCCAGCCUGCUGGGAAAGAAAGGAGAGAACACUGUGCCUGUGAAGGUCUCCUUAUAUCCACUGAGCAUGUUUGGUAAUACUGAGUCCAAGCUGAAGAACAUGAUCUCAGUCAAGCUGGUUGCAGACGUGGAGAAGGCGAUGGAUGCUUUCCACCAGGCUGAGAUAAGAACUAGUGACUUGCUGGAGAGGAGCAGAGAGAUCAAGACUGAAGACAUCGUCCAAAAACUGGAGCGCUUCCGAAGCAGCCUGAGGAUUUUCACUGUUAAUUUCCUGCGGAAAAUGGGAGACCUGAUCCCAGCCAUCAGAGGAGGCAACAUGGAGGAGAAUGCCCUGAGAGACCUUAUGAAGUUCCAGGAUGCAUCUGGCUUCAGUGGGAAGGAUAUGAAGCUGUGGCUGGAUGGAAAAGAGACUGAGAUCAAUGUUGUCACAAAGAACAUAACCAAACUGAAGUCUGAGAUUAGACCUCCUGGCCCGGAGCUCGACUCUUUCCUGAUGGACCCAGAUGUGACUGAUGUUUUCGUAUUCAGCUUCACCUCUCUGAGUUAUGAAGAACCGUACCUGGAGCAAAUCUCACAGGCAGCUGAGAACUUCAAGAGUGGUUCCACCACCUCUAGCACACCUGAACGGAACCCAGGAAAGGAAGUGGAUGCUCCCUGGUACAGGAGACCAGAAGUGAAGGAGGCCCUAGGUUCUGCACGUGAGGUCUUUAACAAAGCACCCCUCAAAGUCAUCAGCUUCAUUUCCGACACAAGAUACCCAGGAGCAUCCGUCCGGUGGUAUCACAACGCGCACUUGAAAGAUCCACACGUAACAACCAUCCCAGUACAUCUGCAUACUCGUGAGUUCACACUGGACCCCAACACAGUGAGCAGAUAUCUCCGUCUGUCUGAGGGGAACAGGAAGGUGACACAUGCGGGGGAGAAGCAGCCGUAUCCUGACCACCCAGACAGAUUUACGGGCAACUUCUUUGCUGGAUUGAUCACCUGCCCCCAGGUGCUGAGCAGAGAGCCUCUGCCUGGACGCUGCUACUGGGAGUGGGAGUGGAGUGGGAGGGGCGUGUAUGUGGGAGUGGCCUAUACGAGCAUGGGCAGGAGAGAAUUCAUUGGCUACUCUGCCAAGGCCUGGUGUCUGUACUGUUGCAGUGACGAAUACGAAGCCUACCACAAUUCCAAUAGGACUGUCCCACCUGUCACCCCCGCAGACUCCAGGAGAGUAGGAGUGUAUGUGGACCGUGAGGUCGGCACUCUGUCCUUCUACAGGGUCUCCUCUGAUACUCUCACACACCUGCACACCUUCACCACCACAUUCACUAGUGAGCCCCUACAUGCAGCGUUUUAUGUUUAUCCUGACUCAUCAGUGUCUCUGAUUUAG